CAGUGCUAGUUAGCUGAGUCAAGUGACUACUAGUCAACUAGGGUCGAGUGCCCUGAUUACGUCAUUUUAAACUGGUUCCCUCUUAAGUCAAACCGCCUCCCGAAGCCCGUGGAACCAUCCAGAGGGCCCUAGAAUAUGAGCUUGGUCAAUCUUGAAGAUUGUACCAGAAUGACCGGGUUGCUUCUAUCAAUACUCAGCUUUACAGCCACACGAUAGCAUCUGGAAUAUAAGUAGCACGAUGAAUAAGGCUUUCUUCCCAUUGAAAUCCCUCAAGUCCCGCAACAAGAGUUAAAUCUACUAUCCCCUCGUUCUUCGUUGAUAUUCCUUUUUCACGACGCCUCAACUCAUAUACCAACUUUUACUCACCAUGGCUCACUUUCCUCGGCUUAGCAAUGAUAUAUUUCCGCUAUUCCAGUUCCUUGAUGAUUACGACUGUCAUCGCUCGAAUCGCGCAAAGCCAGCACUGACAAAGAGAGCCUUGUCGCUGAAGUCUGAUGUUUUCGAAACAAGUGACGCUUUCCAUCUGUCCGCAGAAGUACCAGGUGUUGAAUCUCACGAUCUUCAAGUCGAAUUCUUGGAUUCGAAUACACUGGUAAUCAAAGGCCAUUUCAAAAGACAUUCGGGUCAAACCUCCGAAGAAGUACAAGCACAAUUCGCCGGAUCUUCCAAGUCUCACUAUCAGCCUACCGUGGAGGAUGCCAUUGAGGCGGAUGACGAUGCAACGUCUGAUUCUCUUGGGAACUCCUUGAAAAAGCAGCUAGUGACGCCCAAGAAGCCCGAACUUGCCUGCAAAUACUUGGUAUCCGAGCGGUUGACAGGCGAAUUUCACCGGGUUUUUACCUUCCCAGCUAGAGUGCACCAGGAUGCAGUCAAAGCAAAUCUGAGAAAUGGCAUCUUGUCACUAUUGUUACCGAAGGAGCCCGCCCCUAAAAUGAAGAAAAUUCGCAUCGAAUAAACAGACGAUCAGCUUGGGAUUGAAAUUGGACUGUGUGGUAAUGUCGAUAAGAUGAUAAGACGGGGAUGUCCUUGGAA